AUGGCUCCUGCGAAAGGCGCCGGUGCUUCGUCAAUGGCGAAUACUGCCACAGGCGCAUCGGCAGCCGACAUCGCCACAAACCAAGCCCUCCUCUUCCACGCCGAGGCCGCGCGGCUGGCGAAAUCAUGGCUCCGCGGCCCAAACAUCGGUGACGAGCGAGAUGCAGCGGACGACGACGACGAUGGCGACCAAGACAAAGCCGACGAAGAGUUCGAAAAGGAAUUCUUGCGGAACAAAGACUCGUACUCCGAGACCGGGGGCAUAGGAUAUCACCCUCCCACCGAGUCCACCCCGUCGACUUCGACGACGCCAGGCCUUUCUGACUCCGCGACGACAACGUUCUUGAGAAAGCAAUUACUGCGCGGCCACCAACAGCGUGGACGAGCCACCAACGGCACUGCAAAUACCCACAGCGCCACCACAGGACCGAGGCCGCAGAUACAGGUGUCAAGGCGUACAAAGGGUGGUGAGGAGGAUUCGGACGAGGAAGAGUCCCGCUCCGGCGUGGGAAAGAGUAAACGGAAAGCCAAUAACAUUCGGCGGCCAGCGGUCGGAAUUUCAGCUGCCACAUCGGCGCCGUUGAAAGACCAGGCGGAGACGGGACCUUUGCCUGAAGGGUCUGGCGCCAUCUCUGCUCCAACCCAGUCGCAUGGAGAAUCUGACCGCGCUGUCCAUGCGCCCGAAUCCAGCAUACCCGAUCUGUCGCAGCCUAAACCAAGCAAGAAGCGCGGGGCUGGUAGUUAUCUAGACGAGCUCCUCGCCUCCCGCGCCGCGAAGAAACAGAAGAAGAAAAACAAGAAUAAAGGCAAGGGCCUCGCCGAGUCCGAACCGGGAUAG